CUGGGCAUGUCCGCCUCCUCUAGGCCAACUUCGCCGGCAUCGUCGUCGGCGCGGGCUUUUCGAGCAUUCACCUCGCACCGCGACAGCCAGCAAUCGAACGGCGCGCACAGAAAUAGCAUGUUCCCGGACAUUUUCAUGGGAGGGAGACCGCGCACCUCGUCUACCUCGGCGCAGUCUAGGAGUAAUGGGAAGGGCAAGGAAAGGGAUCCAACAGAGUCCAUGGACUCCACUUCGACUGGUUACGAUCCCGACCCUUUCGUGGCGCCCUACGGCUCCUCUCCCCAUGUGAACUUCGAGACCGUCCGAGACGUGCGCCCCGAGAUCCCUCCCAAUUUUCCCAGAAGGUCUCGGCAUAGCAUUCUGGGCGUUGCCUCGGACGCACUGAACUUCAAAUUUGGGCGGCGGCGAAAGUCCAUAAGGCAGCCCCCUCCUCAGCCCAUGGUCUUAUCCGAAGUCAUAGAGAUCACCGCGUCGCGUCGUGACGAGGAAGACGAGGAGCGAGAGCGUCUGAGGGACGCUGCCGCGCAGUCGAUCGGCUUAGGUACGGACAUGUCGCACAAGUCUCAUACUCGAGAGGACAGCUUCGACGAGGAGGACGAGUUGAACUUGAAUGACGACAUACCAGACGAGGAGAGGACCGUCGACCGUCACACCACCGGGGGUCGCUCUACUCACGGGUCCACUAUAUCUGUUUCAAUGUCUAUGUCUUCGGGGCCAUCACAGCCCCCCCUUCCAAAUCGCCGCCGAGCGGGAUCUCUUGCGCUUUCUACACAGUCACGGAUACAUUCGACUUCGACCCCGGGUCCGUCGGUCCCUCCUUUCCCCAGUACUCUUUCAUCUUUGCAACCAUUUGUGUACAUGUCUUCUACAUUUCCAAAACACUACCCUCCGCCCUCACUUCUUAUGUUAGCCCUGUCUAAACAGUGGCGAAACCGUUACGUCGUCUUGACGUCCCCUGCAUCUCGGCUCCCGCGUGCCAGCAACACCCCUGCCGUUUCCUAUCUACACCUCUUCAAGUCGCCCAGCUCGGAGGAGAGGGAGGUAGAGAGACUUGAAAUUAACGAAGAGAGCGUUGUCUUCAUUGCCGACGAAGAAGUGGGAGGUCGCGGGUCCGUCAUCAAAGUCGGCGGUGUGGACGUCGGGGUUAUGCGCAGAGAAUUGAAUUCCGAGGAGAACGGCCAGACCAUGAUGCUGCUCCAAAUUAUCGACUCAGCAGAAUCUCAGAAGUGGAUAGCCGCUAUCAAGGCCGCUAUCCUCGCUCAGAGAUCUCUUCGGUCAGGGUUAGGCAUCCCCUCUCACUCGCUAUCUGGUUCCGAGCCUCGCGGAGAUAUGGAUGUCAUGCUCUCAAUGAGAGCACAAGGGCUGCUACCCUCACCGGUACAUUCUGAAUUUCCCAUUAGUCCCCCUCGCUCUGCCCCUGCCGCUGCUGCCGCCGCAUUACUAAACGCUAGCGAUCCCAAUGGUAGCAUCGCAACAUCGCCGCACGGCUCGCUCCGCGGCCAUCCCACACCGAAGACUCCGCAGACCAAUGCAGUUUCGGCUCUUAAAGGUCUCUUCGCAACUCGACCAAGAUCGCCGUCCCGAGCGACCAGCAUUGAUUCCGAAAGAGAUACCACGGAAGACUCGUUCAGCUCACUGGGAAAUAAUCUCAUGAGCAUCCUCCGAUCUAAUGGAGCGGCUGAGAGCGCAAAGUCGCCCGUGACGUCUCCCAAGCUCCUUCCUAUCUCGUCCGCCUCGCCACCGCGUGUGCCACCCGGACCCAUCUUGACCCCCCUCGAGCGCAACUUGCAGAGGAAGAUCGUGCCGGAUCGAGAGCGGGAACCUCUUGAAUGGUCCUUCUCUGAUGUUGGGAAAGAGAACCAGAUCAAGCGGAUGUCCGCUGGCUCUCCUCCCUUGCAACCACCUCCACGGAAACGGCCAUGGACCUUAGCUGCUGGCCCAGGUGCAAGCCAUGAAGAGGCUGCAUCAUUAUAUAAUAACGGUAACGCCAGUAUGAGCUUUGGAGUCGGCCAGCCGAGCGAGCCGUCGAAUCGUACGCCAGGGAGCCCUUCCUUGUCCGUUUUCUCUGGAGGGAGUGCGACGCCGGAACAGAAGCCGAGGGCGCCUUCAUUAUGUUCCGUUUCAACGUUCGCAUCGGGCGAGCAGAGCGGCCUGGACAGGUCGAAUUCCAAUGUCAAACGGUGGUCCAGGCAAGGUGUUCUACCUAAGCGUCUCACACCGCCUGCCGGUCCUCCUCCAGCACCGCCGGUCGGAUCAGACACCCAGGCUGGCAAAUCGCCGCCGUCCAAGUCGCAGACCUUGCACCCUUACGCGGCGGAGCGACCGCCGAGUCGUUCUUCGUCUCUUCAUUCGCCCUCCAGUCCGCAGAGCUUCGUCUCAGCUAUGCCGACCUUUUCGAAGCGUGCAUCCAGCUCCUCGGGGUAUAGUGUCUCCGCCCAUAGUAAUAGCACGGCGAGUACCAACCCUGUCAACAUUCCAAACCGACCAAUGUCUGCCGGCAGGAUGUCCCUCCCACCACCACCCCGUCCAGCCCCGAAUAUGGCUCUCCCACCUACUCCAUCUGAAGAGCCACAAGGGCAACCGGGGUCAGCGCCGGUGAACAAAAGCUCAAUCCGCGAGUCCUUUACUCAGCGAGCCCUCAGGCUGUCUCUAGUUCCUCCGAGAGACCCUCCGUCUUCUGGAUUGCCCCCGCGGCCCGAUGAGCCUUCUUAUCGGUCUCACCGUAGGAGCUCUAGCAACGGAAGUAACAGCGGUCUUUCGCGCACAUUGUCCCCGAUACCCGGAUCCCCAAUACCCCCUGGUCCUCCCCAUCCUCCUCCUACGGGCCCCCUUCCGCCACCUCCUGCGUCAUCUUCUCCUCUCUCUCGUCUUCCUUCAAUUAAGCAACGCUUGCGAUUGCUUAGUGCUCCGGCUUCGCCCAGUCCUCUGUCUAGCCCGCCUUCUACACCCAUUGCCCCAAUCCAUCGACCUCCUACCCCUUCCACGCCCAUUGGUGAACCGAUCACUACGCACCAGAACGAUCCCGAUUUCCUUCUGUCGGCUGGAGACGACAACAUCUCCGAGAAUGGACCCAAAACAUCUGGGUUACCUUCGAUGGCAGAUGAAGUGCCCGUGCCCGAGUCAUCACCAGACUUCACAGAAUUGACAUCCUUGUCGCCUCCCCCGAGACGUGCGUCCAGACCAGUUGCCGUGCCAGACAGGGAGAACGACAAGUACACGAGCACGCAGAUUCUACCCGAAGAGGCUCUCGUCUCCUCGGGGGAAACGGUAUCUGGUUCCUUCAACGAAUCACUCUCUCCGCCACCGCACCGCCUCUCUGCAAUUGCCACUGAAGGCGAUGACAAGCAAAAUGCUGCACCCGUAGAGUCGCCCUUGACGUUGCUGGAGCAACAUGGGUCCACUGUUUCUCUUGGUAUAGUGAGCAUAUAA